AUGUCUCGAAACGCGCAAGUCGAGGAGGUGUACGACGACUCCGAUCCGGAGGAAGUUGCUCCCUCCGACUUCACCAAUGAUACUCUCCUGUCCGCCGCCAACAUUCCUGCUUCCGCCCCGUCUUCGGUACCCAUGAGACCGGCUCCCGAACCGCAGCGCGAAAUCCCCAAACACUUCCAAUGCCUGUACCCGAUCUACUUCGACAAGUCGCGGUCGCGCGCCGGAGGCCGGAAAGUCGGCUCGCAACACGCCGUUGAGAACCCUUUGGCCAGAGAGAUCGUCGAUGCCGCGCAGAUGCUAGGGUUGACGGUGGGAUUCGAGCCGGAGAAGUUCCACCCGAAGGAUUGGGCGAACCCGGGACGAGUGCGUGUGCUACUGAAGGACGAGAACGGGAAGUUGGCCAACCCGGACAUCAAGAACAAACAUCAUCUCUAUAUUUACGUGGCCGAGUAUCUCAAGGCCCAUCCGACCACCGAGAAAUCCCCCUACAACCUGCGGAUCAGAGGACUCCCCAUGCCGGAGAAGCUUCCUGCCGCGCCGGCUGCUCCUCGUGGGUGGAAGAUUGGCACGAUCCUACCCAUACACUCCCCGGCCUAUAGUGGCGGUGGAGUCAGCGACAACCCGCUUAAGGACGCCAUGUCGGAGAUGCAAAACAUGCAGGGUAUGCCUGGCAUGCCUCAAAUUCCCGGGAUGCCCGAUUUGGCCGGGAUGAUGGGUGGCAUGGGCGGAAUGGGUGGCGAGCCGUCCGGAGGCAGCGGCGAGAAGAAGAAGAAGGACAAGAAGAAGAAAUAA